CGCUCCUCUCUGGCUAUGGCCGCAGCGGGUCUGUCGGACGCAAAGCUGCGGGCGGAGCUGCUGGGCCUCGGCUACCAGCCGGGGCCCAUUACCGAUUCCACCCGCAAGCUCUACGCUAAGAAACUCACCCGGCUGAGGGCCGAGGUGGCUGCUGGGCUGAGGAGCCGCGGCAGCGCCGGCCAGACACACCCUCAGGGCCCGACAGGCCCCGCGAGCCCCAAGGCCGCGGCCGGGCCCAAGGCGGCUCCCCGGGGGCCCCGCGUCCCGGUUAGGAGGGAGGAGAGCGAUGAGGAAGAGGAGGAGGGGGAGGAAGAGGAGGAAGAAGGGAACGACUACGAGCCGCCUCGUCGGGAGGCGGCGAGCGGGAGUCGAGGGCUGCUGCCUCAGGGCAAUGACUGGCGGGCAGAGAGCGGGCUCGCCGCCCCCCGGAGGCCCCAUUUGACGGCUCGGGAGGGAGCGACGCCGAGCAGCCGCUGGGAGGGCAGUAGCGGGUUGACUUCGAGGAGAGCCCGGCUGGAGGCGGGAGAUGGCUUCGAGGCCCCUUACCAAAAGGAUGCGGCGGCGCCCAGGUUCACCCCCAGCCCUUCGUGGGGAGCAGCAUCCCCAGGAGGUGGCAUAGGGUCAAGUCCCAGCAAGUGGUGGGAGAGCGAGCAGAGCGUGAGCCCCAGCCUUUCCUGGAAGCUCCCCGUGGUGGGGGGCAGUGCUGCAGGCUUCAGUAACAGGGCCCACCUCGAGGCCGAAAGGGGGAUCGCCCCAAGCGCCUUCAGUAACAGGGCCCACCUAGAGACAGAAAGGGGAGUCACCCCAAGCUCCUAUUUGGGGUCGCUGACCCAAAGGAGCGAAGAGGGGCUGACCUACAGGUCCCCAUGGAGAGCGCAGAAGGAGGUUGGGCUAGCGCCCAGGAGUUUGAAAACAACACCAUGGGGGGCAAGAGAGUUGGGUAGGGAGACACGUUGGGAUGGGACGCGCCAGCAUGUAGGCUUGAAACCCCAAGCGCAGGGCAUAAGGAGGAAAGGCAGAGGCCUAGAAUUUUAUCUCUCCUGGUUCCUGUGGCUGGCAACCAUAGGGCUGCUGGUAAUUUUCCUGGGCAUCCUUUGGGUGAAGAUGAUGGGACCUCCCCGACUGGAAGGACCUGAGAAUUUUAAGCUAUUGCCCAUGGAUUGUGAAAGAACUAAAGAAGGUUACUGUCAGGAAAAGCAUGAAGAAAUGGUAAUGACCAUUCUGUAUGAACUAUACAAUUAUCUUGCAAUUCAAGCUGGCAACUUUGAGUGUGGAAACCCUGAUAAUCUAGAAAGUAAAUGCAUUCCAGUGAGUGUGGCAAAGGAUUAUAUAGAGAAUGUGACUGCCUACAGUGCACAAAGGUUUGUGGAUGCUUUGCAGCGGUUACUGGACAAUCACAGAGACUCGGGGAUAUGGUUACAAGGCGAUGAGAGUUCCGAAGCAGUUACUACAGUGGGCCAAGUGGUUUGUCUCGAAUCCACCCGUCCCCGGAUGGGCUUAGGCUGCCGUUUCCGCCGGGCACUGAAUACAGCAAUUACUAACCUAUUUAUAUUCUUCUGGAGUUUAGCUUUCCUUUGGGGGAUUCUGAUUCUUCUAAAGUAUUACUGGCGGAAAAGGGAAGAAGAGGAACGGGACAUGUAUAAAAUGGUGCAGAAAAUCAUAGCUGCCGUCCAAGGUCACUACAAAGAAUGGGAGCAGAAUCUGGAACGGUACCCAUAUGUAGGCAUCCUUCACAUCAGAGACACACUCAUCCCACCACAAGACAGGAAAAAAAUGAAGCGGGUUUGGGACCGAGCAGUGGACUUCCUUGCUUCAAAUGAGUCACGUAUUCAGACCGAGUCGCACAGGGUGGCAGGAGAGGACAUGCUGGUGUGGCGUUGGACACAGCCUUCUUACCUCUCUGAUUCAGAUCAUUAGCUCUGACCAGAGGCCAAGCCAUUGGUUUAACACUGUGCAGGGCGAUGUUCCCUCUUCUAGCUAGGGAAUGUCCUGUUGCCCAAACUCAGGUGAACCCCUGAUACUACUGUACAUGUGUGUGAGAGUUGUACAAUGACUCCUUGGGGGUGAUCAUUUUCUGUAAGGAAUAUAAAUGUUGAAAUGCAGGUGCACACCAAAGUUACUCUCAUGGCAUAUAUUUGGCUUUCAUUACGUAACAAUUAAAGAAGAGGAAACAGGAUUCCUUGCCCUAAUUGAAAGAUGCCAUUGAUAGCUUUGCUUUGGUAUUAAGGGAAGUCUGUAUCCGACCAUCUACUCAGAAUGUCGGUGCUGACCACUAAAAGAUGCUUUGUAAAGGUGUUCAUUACAGAAGCACUGUGGAUAAGAGUGGACAGCAAAUAUGCAAGGUAUAUUUGUUCUUACAAACUGAUCAGGAAUAAUCUACUGGCAUUGUUUAUUGGGUGAUGGGUGGGACUGAGAGGGCCAGGUCUUGAAACUUUGGAGGCAAGGUGGGAGGGGCUUAAAGCUUUUUUUUCCUUAGGCAGUGGUAGGUGAGCACAUUUUUUUCCGCAAGCAGUAGAAAGCAUUCAGUCUUAAAAUGGCUUGGUGGGGAGCACCGGAAUGCAAGAGCAGAUGGGGCGCCAACAGUGUUUGGUACAAAAACAACUCCUCACAAAUCAAGUGUUUACAGGAUUGCCCAGGGAGUGGAAAUCUUUUAUUCAGCCAAUAUAGUAACAUGUUUUGUGCAUAUAGCACCUUAGUUGGUCCAAGUUCAUGCUGGUUUGUUUGUGAGGGGGAGAAACGCACCAAAAUGCCAUGCACUUCCUCAGUGACGUCAUAAAGUCUGAGGCUCUGGCAUGAUGGCACGUCAUUCCAUUAUUGGUUCAGGGCACCCACUUAACUCAUCAUGAACUUCGCCUCUGUCCAGUGGAUAUAGCAAGUUGCAUAUGAAUUUGGAAUAAAGUGUGCACAUUUGAGCCUCUUUAAGUAAAAUGAGCUGAGCCUUUAUGCUACCUUUUGUGACAUGUUUUGUUUCAACUGGCAUAUUUUUUUGCAAGUGGGUGGUAGCCUGAACUUGGAAGUUUGCCCUUUUACUCCCCCUGCUGGCAGAGCUGAAAAACUGACAGAUUGGAGUUUUCACCUAGGUGCCCUUCGAGGCUGUUUUAGCAGCAUGUAGCAAUUCAUUAUGUGCCUCCUGCUGAUUCAUCAUUGCUGAAAUCAGUGCAAAGAAAAGCAGCCUCCAAAAACAAAGCACCAGGAGGUCUUAUUGGUUAAGUAGAAGAAAAUCUUGCAUUCAUUUGAAUUUUAUCCCCACAUGUUGCCAUCUGUAGCGUAGGCGGUGUCUUAGAGCAAAAGAAGAGAUGUAACAGAUGUCUCCGUGACAUUAGCCAUCCUUUUUUUUUUUACACAAACACUCCCCUUAUACUGUUGAAGCCGAUAAACAAAUUAUUGCUUUUAAUGUAUUCUUAAUUUCUGCUGAUGUUUGCAAAAAAAUCCACAGUGCCUGCAUUCUUAGGGCUUUAAAAGAAACAUUUGUGGGUAUUUUUUACCAUCAGACUCUCAAGGGGAAAUGCCAAACAAUAUUAUGUACAGUUGACUAAGCUGUUCAUUUAUUUUUAUGUAGAUGGGCUGGUGCUAUUUAUUAUACAUUUUGUCUGUCCAUUUUAUCUUGCAAAAUAAAAAUUUGCUACAAAUGGGA